CAGAACAGUCUAAUUUUGCAAUUGUGAGCCAAGCAAGCAUGAGGAUAAAACUAGUUCAAUCAAGAUUUGCACCAUUUGAGCAAUUUAUACCAAUGUAAGCAAGUCCAAUAGGACAAUACACUAGUUAAGCUUGCUUCACUCACUCUAUCCCCAUUCAGGAAACCAGUAGAAAGCAAUCGAGGUUUGGCAUCUAAAUCUGAUAUCAGUGUCUUCUGUUUACGGUUACUAUAACUACUGCAGUCGAAGCUGUUGGCUGUAGGCUGUGCACUGCUGUACAAAUCUAUGCAUGUGUAAGCUUACAUUAAUCAGAUUGAGUUCUACAGUCAAACUUGAGGGCAAUGUCUGCAGAAAUACCCCGAAACCGAAGCGCGGUAGAAACCAGUUUGAAUCCGAAGACAGGCUUUCCGGGGAGCCUUCAAUCUGCCUGCUCUGUUGUCCAGCAUCAUGAAAGAAACCAGCUACCUCUAGUGAGUGAAUCUGAAGUUGGUUUCCCGUCUCGGUCUGUGAAUCAGGAGACGAUUAAAGAACAGCAGAGAUCUGAAAUGGGCAGAGCCGCCUGCCAGCCUGGCCAACAUAUGAUGUCUCAAAGAUCCCCUCUGGAGAAGCCAGGGCAAAAUGACAAAACGAUCCUUCAGCUUCAAGUGAAGCAGUUGCAGAGGGUUUUACAGGAACAGAAUGCAUUGCUCUCUCUUAUCAGUCCAGGACAGAUUUUAUCUCCCGCAUUCUUAGGGCACUGGCAAGUCCAGACACCUCUGAGCUAUUCAGAAGCCGAUCCCUUAGACUCUGAUGCCUUCAAAAUAAACUCAUCCAAAGCCACAUAUUCCGCUGCGAUUAAGAAAGAGCCAGAGACUCUGACAUCUAAUCACAAUAUUGAUGUUGCACCAUCAGCAGAGUUCAAACGCUUGUCUCCUAUUAAAGAAGAGUCUUUAGAACCUGUACAAGAAAACUGUCCUCUUAGCCCUUUUGGAUCGAGGCAAGGUCUCCCACCAAAUCCUGAGGAAAGGCCUAUUCGACCAGGGCUGAGAGAGGAGCAAAAAACUUUUGAAGAUUUUGUUGAAGAACAUCUCAAAACAGACCAAGCUAUUCUCCGACAUGAGUUUGAGACUAAUGCUCAAAUCAGAGGAGCAGAGAAGAGGAGUUUCCUUCGUAAAGGAGAAGGAACAUCUAGAACAUCAAAGGGUAAGGACUGCUCACAAAAACUCCAGAGGAGACGUUCUGUUAGUCCACGAAGGAAACAGACAAUAUAUCCUGCUGAAUUUCAGCAAAAAGAGAUACCAAAUAGGAGCAGUCCUGGACUUAAGGGUGUAGGAAACUUCUGUGACAAAAGAUCUUCUGUGGAAGACCCUCUAAAGAAGACCGCUGCUCUACAGGGUGAUGAUUUAUCAUCAUACACCAAAGGGAAAGUUAAAGCUUUGCCUGCUAAUAAAAAUGUAGUCUCACUUAAAAGUAAGCACAGUGUAGGGCUCUUGAGGAAUUACGAUAAAACCAAUGGAAGCAAGCCAAGUGGGUCUGCUCUAGCACAAAUCAAAGAAAGUGUUGGCUUUAAAAAGAUUAAUGACCACAUUGUCAAAAUCCCUGAGAAAAAUUGUCUUGCUACAAAUGACCGUUUGCACAGUCGGAUUGGAUAUCUAUGUAAAGACGUCAAUUUAACUGACGAGGUGAUGGAGUCACUGGCUCUUAGCGAUUCUCAUGACAGCACCAGCAGUGAAGAUGGACCCAACUCUCUCAAGUCUCACCAGCCGUUACCUCAUUACCUCACAAAGCACGCGGAUCACAAAGAUCAGAGUCUGGAUUUAUCAGAUGGCGACUACGCUAGCGACGCCCCAAGUGAGAUUCAAUUCGAUGAAGAACAUCGCACUUCUUCUCCCACAUCCAGUUCUUCAAGCUUUAGCAGUGAUUCUGAACUUAAGUGCUUAGAAGGGUCUAUGAACUGCUCUAAAAAAACGCACGAAAGGGGGGCUGACAGUGACUUUAGACAAACUUCUACUUCUGAGCUCCUCACAAUGGAGUUCCCAAAAAACAAAGUCACUCCAGAAGACACCACUCAUGGCAUGGGACAAGAGCAACCAGAUACUCCAAUCAGGGAAGACACGGAAGAGCAUGGUUUUAAUGGUGAGGAUGGCUGCAGAUCUUUGCUCAUGCAUAAGAAAGAACUUCAUGAACCUCAGGAUCUGAGCCUGCAGAUCUCAUCUUUAAAGCAGCAGUUAAUGGAAAGGGAGUCUCACUGGUCACAGACCAACAGUCUCCUCCAGAGCCGUGUUGAAGCCCUCACCCAAGAAAACAAGGAGCUUCAGAGCAGGCUCAAUGUUCACAACAGAUCCCACCAGAGUGCUGGUUCCUCAGCUCUACAGUCUGGAUCAUGCAGCACAUUUGAGCAGGAAAACGAAGAACCACGGUGGACCCAUCAUGUAAGGAGCUCAACUCCAGCCUUUAACAAAUCCAUCCAUAGGACACAACAGGGCAAUGCAAAUGGACAUUCUGUUGCUAAAGCUAACAGGCUAACAGAGUGCACGGAUAACUUUUUCAGAAAGAAUCCUGCACUUUCCAUUGACAGUCCACAGAACAAUGCCAUGAUUACACAAAGCGGAAAGGGAAGUUUGUUGUAUCAUCAUACCGACUGCAAUAAUACACAAACGGCUUCCCAGGCCAGAAAAAACAAAGUACGGGAGGAAACCCGCUAUCCGGAUGGAAGGGUUGAACGUCUUUUUUGGAGUGGAUGUCGUGUGAUCACAUUCCGCAACGGGACGAAGAAAGAGAUUGGUGUUGAUCAAUCGGUCACUGUUACGUUCUUCAAUGGAGACGUUAAGCGUAUGCUGGCUGACGGGACUGUGAUAUACUACUAUAAUGAUGCUCGAACAACGCACUCAACUUAUCCAUCUGGGUUGGAGGUUGUGCAGUUUCCAAACAACCAAAGAGAAAAACACCAUCCUGAUGGGACAAGGGAGAUAUCCUUCCCGGAUGGCACGGUCAAGAUUCUCCACUCCGAUGGUCGAGAGGAGAGCAUUUUUCCAGACGGAACCGUUGUCAAGAUAUCACAACAUGGGGAAAAGGUAGUGGAGUUUACUAAUGGGCAGAGAGAGAUUCACACUUCACAGUACAAGCGGAGGACGUACCCGGAUGGAACCGUUAAAACUGUCUACACAAAUGGGAGGCAGGAAACAAAGUUCUCAUCCGGGAGGGUUCGCAUUAAGAACAACGAAGGCCUCGUUAUAAUGGACAAAAAAUGAACCGCUUUUCUUUACGUCGACAAAGAAUUUAAGAACUAUUCUUAUGCAUAUUUAACCGACCUCGUUUUUGGAGUCUCAAGUACUUUAUUAAUUUAUUGUUUGGAUGAACGAAGUCUGUUUAUUUUUACGUGUACUGUCAGCAGGCGUCUUGUAUCGCUAAGAGGUCCUCUCAGCACGAACACAUCUGAUACAGUGUGCAGGUGAAGACUUGUGACCCUCUGACCUAGCGCUGACAUUGUACUACAUUGCAACACUCUGGUUUCAGUUGAGGAACAUUCCUGUAAUAGUAAGAGAGAGCUGGUAACAUUGUCGAUAACUUAAUACCUGGAAACGGUUAUUUAUAGAGUUCAGUCCAUCUACAUCUACAAGUAGACGUGCAUUAUUUAAUAAAACGUCAUUUUAAUCAGUUGUCA